AGGCAGAAGGGGAAGAAGCCUUUCAGAUCUCUGCGCAAUCUGAAAACCGAUUUGGACCUGACGGUGGAGGGCGACUUGAAUAUCAUCAUGGCGAUGGCGGAGAAGCUGCGGGCCGGCCUUCACUCUUUUGUUUUCGGGAAGUCUUUCCUGACCAGCGUGCAGGAGCGCGACCUCCUCAUCAACUUCUGACCUCUGAACCUAGUGUUUAACACACCACCACAUGCUGCACACUCUUGCGUCUUGAUGUUUUAUUUGAAGUAUAUUUAUAUGUGCUCUUUGUUUACAGCAUUCUGCACUGUGCCUGCUGCUGAAAUGCCAAUUUGUGCAAUUUUUGCUUUAGAAUAAUGACCUGCUAAAUGAUGAAACUGA